GAAAUGGCUGACAAUGCACUAAACAGAGACUCAUUUCACAAAAUAACAGAAACAAACAAACCCGACACUACAUCAAAGGCAGUUUUAGUUUCAAGAUUUUCGAAGGAAGUUACUGAUUUCAGCAGUCAAUAUGGGAGUGAAACAAGUAUUUCUUACACAGUUAGCAACCUAGCUGGAAGGAGUAACAUAUUUCCUGCUUAUGGAGAUUUUACACAGGCUGCUGUUUUCAGAACAUAUGGACCAUGGUGGAAAAAUGUAACAUCUUCACCCCGAAAAUUCAAGAGAACACCACCUAACUUUAUAAGUGAAGAUUAUGUUGAGUUGAGUUUCGAUUUAGAUGUUUAUCCAUGUAAGAUUGAAGUUUGGGAAACUUAUAAUCCAGGAUCAGUAGUGAGAAUCCUAGCUUGUGAUACAGCUUCAGGGACUGAUGUAGAUGAUGGCAGAGUUAGAUGGCAAGUGUUGUGGGAAGGCAAACCAGAGCAAUGUCCUGAUAAAUCCAGGAUAUUUUCCCCAACAUUGAGAGAACCCUUGUUUAAAACAAGCUUGAUAAGAUUAGAACUGUGUUCUACACUAUGUCAUUACUACACAGAAUUAGACUGUGUAUGUAUGUAUGGUACCUUAAAUCCUUGUUCUGACAUGCAGUCCAUUCUUAAACAAGCUCCAUCAUUUGAAGUGAAAGAUUGUAGUGAUGCUGAUGAAAUUGUAUCACAGACAAUGAAGUAUAUCAAUACCUUGUCUGUGUCAUCUCAUCAGGAAAGUCUGGAUGAAAACAAGGAUCCUGGACAUUUGUCAAGGGAGACUACUGAUGUAAAACAAGAGGAAGUUACUCCAACCGAAGUUACAUCAGAUGAAAAAUUUGAAGAAGAUCCUGAAAUGGGAAAUGGAUAUUUUGAUGAUUUACCAGAUGAAGUUAUACAGCUAAUACUUAGCUAUUUAGAUGUACCAGCUUUAUGUGUGGCCAGCAGAACCUGUAUGCUAAUGAAGAAACAUUGUUAUGAUAGCUUACAGUAUACAGAGUUAAAUUUACAGCCACACUGGACACAGAUUAAUAACCAUACCCUGGAUUGUUUAAAAAGCAGAUGCCAUCACUUACAGCAGUUAAACUUAUCCUGGUGUGGGGGAAACAGAGGGAUCAUGCAGAGCAUGACCUUUGGAAAGUUUAUGGAAGAAUGUGGCAGUGAGUUAAGCUGUCUGUACUUGGCUAACUGUAAAUUUGUUGACUCAGAAGUGUUGAGGUUGCUAUCAGAAUAUUGCCCAAAAUUAGCAGAUUUAGAUCUACAGAGCUGUAUGGGAUUAGAUGGUAUUGGAUUGAUUCAUUUAACAAAAUUAAAAGGUCUAAAGAGACUUAACCUGUAUAGAACACAUGUUGAUAUACACAGUCUUAUAGCUAUAAUUAGAACUUCUCCACACCUUGAAUGUCUUAACUUAGGAUCAUGUAGCAGGAUAAAUAAUUUUGAUGAAGUAGCCAUUGAACUAAGUAAACAUUGCAAGAAGCUGAAAUCAUUGGAUUUGUGGAGGUCUAGAACUAUUACAGAUGUUGGUCUGAGGGCUCUAGCUUAUAACUGUCCAGAUUUAGAAGAACUGGAUUUAGGAUGGUGUCCAGAACUAAGAUCAGGGAGUUGUUGUUACCUGGAUCUGGUUGAUAAAUGUCAUAAAAUCAAAAAGUUAUACUUAACUGCCAACAGAACAGUAUGCGAUGAUGAUUUGAAUGCUAUAGCAUCCAACUGUCCCGAUUUAGAACAAUUAGACAUACUCGGAACUAGACAAGUCAGUGAGGAAUCUGUACUCAGAGUGCUACAGUCCUACCCUUAGAUAACUAUGUUGUUAUGUAUUAAAAGAGAGGCGAAAGAUACCAAAGGGACAUUUAAACUCACAAGUCGAAAAUAAACUGACAAUGCCAUGGCCAAAAAAGAAAAGACCAACAGUACACAAAAUAAAAUUGAGAAUGGAAAUGGGGAAUGUGUCAAAGAGACAACAACCCGACCAUAGAGCAGACAACAGCCGAAGGCCACCAAUGGGUCUUCAAUGCAACAAGAAACUCCCGCACCCGGAGGCAUCCUUCAGCUGGCCCCUAAACAAAUAUGUAUACUAGUUCAGUGAUAAUGGACGUCAUACUAAACUCCAAAUUAUACACAGGAAACUAAAAUUAAAAAUGAUACAAGACUAACAAAGGCCAGAGGCUCCUGACUUGGGACAGGCGCAAAAAUGUGGCGGGGUUAAACAGGACUGUAGCACGCUGAAACAGAAAGACACAUCACAGAAAACCAAAGAAUGAGCAUUACAUGUGAAUUUUUUUAAGAGAGCUAGAGUCUUGUCCUUAAAUGAGAAGGUUUAAUUUAUUUCAAUUUACAUGUGUAUUUUGUUUCAGAGUGCCACAGUCUUGCCCUUAUAUGGUAAUGUUUUAAUUUGUUACAAUUUACAUGUGUAUUUUGUUUCAGAGUGCUACAA